GUUCGCAAAGCUGGUCUGCGUGUUCACGUCGAGGAAGGCCGAGCGCUGCAAUUCGCGCACACCUUGCAACUUCCGGUCCCCGUCGUCCACGACCUGAUCUCUGAUGGCCAAAGGACUGAGAUCUUGAUGGCAUUCGCCGAAGGAGAAUGUCUCGAAGAAGCAUGGCCCUCCAUGGACCCGGAACAGAAGAGUUCCAUUGCAGAGCAGCUCAAGCAAUUUAUCAACACUAUGCGUGAAGCAGAACCCAAUCAGCCUGGAAUCGGAGCACUGGGAGGUCCAGCUCGGGACUUGCGCCAAUUCACAGAUUAUUACGGCGGCCCUUUCAGCAGUGAGACAGACUUCAAUGAGUUCGUGCUAGAUUUUCUCCCUACCACGCCAUCACCGAUCCGAGCGGCAAUCACAAAUUCCUUCGAUAACCGCAACAAGAUAGUUUUCACACAUGGUGACCUCACGCCCCGGAAUGUCAUUGUGAAAGACGGUCGAAUACAGGCAAUACUGGACUGGGAGUAUUCUGGAUGGUAUCCGGAGUAUUGGGAAUAUGUGAAAUUCUUCGACAGGCCCACAGCUUGCAGGGACUGGAAAGACUACGCUACAAACAUCUUCGACAAGCAAUACACGCGAGAACUCCUCACUUUCCAAGCCUUAGCACGAUGGCAGCGACCGUAA